AUGGUUUGAGAAUUUAUUAAUAUAUCAAACAGAAUUUGAUUUUUUUAUAUUUCAUCAGAUGAUUUUCAGCUAAGGUUACAGAAUUCAACUAAAUUUGUUUUUACCAGUAUAAAGCAAGAAACGAUAAAGAAAUUGAUGGAGUUUUCUUUAAUAAAAUUCAAGUCCUUUUCUGUUAAAAAGAUAAAAAUGUUUUUAAUUAAGCUAAUCGAUUUUUUUUUAAAAAUUAGUAUUUCCUUCUUAAUCUCGUAAGCACAAUAAUUUUUUUAUCAUAUUUAGUUUUAUUUUUUCAAAAAAUUUAGGACUUUAAAUCAGAGUAAAUAUAUUUUAUUUGUAUAUAAAAUUAAUUUGCUUAAAAGCAUAAAUAGAUCUUAGGUUAGUUUAUUAG